CAGGAAAAUGGAAUCUGGUGGGGUAUACAUACCUUAAAAGCCUUAUGUGAUAUGCGAAAAACGUUAGUAUUCAAUAAAUCCUUGCGAUUGUUAUUUCAAGAUAGUCUCCUUCGAUUCAAGUGCGAGCCAGAUAAACAUCGGAGUCAAGUAAACGUUGAAGAAUUUGAUUCCUUCAAAAUAGCACAAACACGUUUCUACAAAAUGGUGUCGUUCUGUAAUUUGGUCAAUUCUCUAUCGAUCAUUCUAGUCAUCAGUUUAAAUGCGAUUCUAAUCGCAGCUGUGGAACCUGAAUUGAAAUUAGUACACGUGGUGUUCAGACAUGGAGAUCGCACACCCGAUAACAACGGUCGUGAAAUGUUUCCGAACGAUCCGUAUAUAAAUUACUCCUUUUAUCCGACAGGUCUUGGACAGUUAACCAUGGAGGGCAAAAGGCGCGAAUAUAGAUUGGGUCAAAUCUUACGUGGCAGAUAUGAUGAGUUCUUAGGCAGUCUGUACAAGCCAAAGCUCAUCGUAGCUCGUAGCUCGGAUUUCGACAGAACGAAGAUGUCCUUGCAACUCGUUCUCGCUGGCUUGUUCCCGCCUAAAAACGUUCAACGAUGGAACCGUUUUGUCAAUUGGCAACCGAUCCCGACAUCGUACAUUCCACGUGUCGACGACAAUCUCAUCCUCACCGACGAGUGUCCGCAGUACCUUGACGAGUACGAGCGAGUAUUAAAGUCACCCAAAGGGAAAGCGAGAAUAAACCAAUUCCGAGAUGUGAUGGGCAAUUUGACGAAGCUAACCGGCAAGAAAAUAGAAUCGCUUUCGGAUCUGAACUUCCUUUAUCACACUUUCGCAGCGGAGUCUUCCUUGGGGUUGCCUCUUCUCGAAUGGGCGUACGAUUACUUUCCUUACGGUCCAUUGUUCGAUGCGAUUGUGGCCGCAUACGAUAUUACCAAUUUCACUCCUCUAUUAAGAAGGCUCUUUGCUGGACCAUUGAUCCGCGAAAUGACAGACCAUAUGAUAGCUGCACAGAAUCCGAACGCUGCACCGGCAACGAGGAUGCAUUUGUACGGCGGUCACGAAACCAACAUUGCGUCGUUGUUGUACGCAUUCGGUGUGUACGAGCCGCAUGUACCUGAAUAUUCUAGUGCAAUUAUUUCAGAGUUGCAACGGAUUGGCGAUGAAUAUUAUGUAAAGCUCUUGUAUUACCAAGGCAUUCCUUCGACCAUCAAGGAGCUUAGAAUCCCAGGUUGCGAUGUGCUCUGCCCCUUCGAAAAGUACUUGGAUCUCAUUGAAGAUCUGAUCCCGUCCGACGAGGAAUUGGUCUGCGACAAGCGGCAGACUCCGGAUUUCGCCGGCACAAAAUAUCCCAUAACAUUAGGUACCGGCAACAUGAUCACGUUCCGUACUCUCGGCACUUAUCAGUUGAUUGCUACAGUCGUCAGUCUAAAUGCAAUUCUGAUCACGGAUGCGCAGCCUGAGCUUAAAUUAGUCAACGUGAUAUUUAGACAUGGCGAUCGGACGCCUGAUAACAAAAACGAAAUGUAUCCGAAUGACCCGUACUUAAAUUAUUCCUUUUAUCCGGAAGGCUUAGGACAAUUGACUAUCACGGGCAAGCAACGCGAGUAUGAAUUGGGAAAAUUCUUACGUGACAGAUAUAAGGAUUUUUUAGGCGAUAUAUACUUGCCAAAACUCGUUGUAGCUCACAGCUCGGAUUAUGAUAGAACGAAGAUGUCUCUGCAACUCGUUCUCGCUGCGUUGUUUCCACCGUUGAACAUUCGGCAGCAAUGGAACCGUGAUUUAAAUUGGCAACCGAUCCCGGCGACGUACAUAAAGCGCGUCGACGACAAUUUCUUCUUAGCUGAUGAAUGUCCGUUGUUUCUCGUCGAGUAUAAUCGAGUGCUGAAUUCACCUGAAACGAUAGAAAAAAAGGCUCCAUUGAAGGAUAUGAUAAACAAGUUGACGCAGCUAACAGGCAAAACGAUGGAGAAGCCUCUUGAUUGGUAUUACUUGUAUCACACUUUCGUAGCGGAGUCAUCUAUGAAUCUGACGCUGCCUGAAUGGGCAUACGAAUAUUAUCCUGAUGGUUUGUUAUUCAAUGCGAUCGUGAUUUCGUACGAUAUCGCCAAUUCCACUCCUUUAUUAAGAAGGCUGUACGCUGGUCCAAUUAUUCGCGCUGUAUUAAAUAAUAUAAAAGCCGCGCAAACUUCGUCAGAAACAAAGAUUUAUUUAUACAGCGGUCAUGAAACUAACAUCGCGACAUUGCUGCAUGCGUUCAACGUGUAUAAGCCACAUGCACCUGAGUAUUCCAGCGCAGUUAUUCUAGAAUUGCUGGAACAAGACAAGCAGUAUUACAUAAGACUUUUAUAUUAUCGGGGCAUCCCGCCAAUCAUUGAUGUGUUGGAAAUCCCAGGCUGUGAAGUACUUUGUCCUUUCAACACCUUCGUGAAACUAACUCGAGACCUGAUCCCAUCUGAUAAAGAGUUGAUUUGUGACAAAAGAUUGACUACGGAUUAUGCUGAUACAAAAUAUCUUGCCAUGUUACAAAACAUAAUAUACGAUUCGAUAAAAAAGUUUACUAAUUCACUAAAUACUAAUGGAAAUAAGUAACUAAGAUAGUAAGUAAAAAUGCACCGUGAUAUUUCUUUCGUAAGACCAAAGUAUUUGAAAUGGACAAUUGCAAUUGAAUUUAGUAUUAAAAAACUCUGCCAAAAUGCAAGCCUAAAUCAUAAUAUAACUAGAUCCAGUAUUAUCAACUGCGAGAUAUCUUUUUUCCAAAUAUAAUUUUUUUUAUCGUAUUCACCUGUUAAUCCUUUUUAACGUAUUUAAUUCUUGUUAAAAGGCUAUUUAUUAAAACAAAACAUAUUUAUUAUGAAUAUUUAUAUGCACAGUAUAACACAUUUAAAUGUACUAAAAUUAUUUGAUAUUAAAUGGAUAAAGAAAUCCGAUGCUUUGAACAAAUAAUACAAAUUGUUUCUUUAAAACCAGCCUCUCCACUGAAGAGAGAAUAUAAAAUAUGCUGUAAAAAUAAAAGCAUCUUCUCUUUUUA